AUGAAGCCCUACGUGGCACUGGCCGUGCUUGUCCUCGUGGCAGUGGCCACCUCUCCCGGCGCGGUGUGCAUGGCGUCCAGGGCAGCGCCGGCGAAGUGCGACCCGCUGGCGCUGAGUCCAUGCGCGGCGGCGAUCCUCUGGAGCGAGGCGCCGUCCGCCGCGUGCUGCGUGCAGCUCCGGAUGCAGAGGCGCUGCCUGUGCAGGUACGCGAAGAACCCCGACCUGAGGAAGUACAUCGACUCCCCGAACAGCAAGAAGGUGGCAGCCGCCUGCAGUGUGCCGACGCCCCGGUGCUAGCUGCAGGUAAUAUAAUCGUACUGUAGGUUGGUGUGGAUCUCAUGCUUCUUCUUGGGGUUUCAUCUCGAGCCCACACUAUCUUCGUUUUGGAGUUACCACCAUUUGAGUAUGAGAUUGUAAUAACUAAUAUGUGAUGAUGUGGUCAUGUGGCAGAAGAGUUGUAAGAGGAAAGCCUAGCUGGUAACUAUAGCUGUUACUGUUAGUGAUUAUGUGCGUUUUCUGUGAGGAAGUGUCUUUUAG